CAAAAUUUUGCGCACACAAAUCAGCAGACAUCAGCUCUCAAAAGGCAGAGGCGCUUCAGUUCAGAGCACCCCCCGAAUUCUCUUUCAUCCUUCCGUCCUUCCAUAGCCAUUCCACCAAUCAACAGACCCCACAAAUCUCUCUCUCUCUGCCAAUUCCCUUCAACAAUGCCAGCUUCCCCUUCGUUACCAUCAGAAACUAGGACCAGAUGGAAGAAGCGAAAGAGAGAGCCCCAAAUCAACCGCAGGCAGAAGCACGAGAUGGACGAAGACGACGACGAGGAUGACCCUCCUCCACCCGCCCACCACGACGACGACCUCGACCCCCAGGAUGAGGCCGAAGACCCCCAAUCCGGUGCCGCUGUUCCUCCUCCCCACGAGAGUGAGGUCCUCAAAGACGGUGGGGUCCGCGUCUGCGGUUUCCCUCCCGUCGUCAAGCACGCCGUGAACCGGCCCCACUCCUCCGUGCUGGCCAUCGUGGCCUCCGAGCGGGCCAAUCAGAGCGGAGAGAACGGAAAGGGCCAGCAGCAGCUCCAGACUCCGCUGCCCGUCUUGGAAAAUGUCUCCUAUGGACAGCUCCAGGCACUGUCCGCUGUCCCCGCGGAUUCCCCGGUGUUCGAUCAGGACCGGACGGACGGUGCUGGUUCGGCCUAUGUGAUCACGCCUCCGCAGAUCAUGGAAGGGCGUGGUGUUGUCAAGCGGUUUGGGCCUAGGGUUCAUGUGGUUCCAAUGCAUUCAGAUUGGUUUUCACCAGCUACAGUGCAUCGGCUGGAAAGGCAAGUGGUGCCACAUUUUUUCUCUGGGAAAUCUCCGGACCAUACGCCAGAGAAAUACAUGGAAUGUAGGAAUUACGUUGUUGCCAAAUACAUGGAGAAUCCGGAGAAGAGGAUUGUAGUCUCUGAUUGCCAAGGGUUGGUAGUUGGCAUUGAUAAUGAAGAUUUGACUCGAAUUGUUCGGUUUCUUGAUCACUGGGGAAUUAUCAAUUACUGUGCGGAGUCACCAAGUCGUGAGCCUUGUAGUGGUGGUUUCUACUUGAGGGAGGAUUCAAAUGGUGAUAUCCAUGUGCCAUCAGCUGCUCUAAAGUCUAUUGAUAGUUUAAUCAAAUUUGACAGGCCCAAAUGUCGGCUUAAAGCGGCUGAUGUUUAUUUGUCAUUGUCAUCUCACAAUGCUGAUGCCUCUGAUUUGGACAACAGAAUCCGAGAGCAUCUGUCUGAAAAUCACUGCAAUCAUUGUUCUCGGUCUCUUACCACUGUGUACUAUCAAUCACAGAAGGAGAUUGAUACACAACUAUGCUCUGAUUGCUUUCAAGAGGGGAGGUUUGUUACUGGACAUUCCAGCAUAGACUUUAUAAGGGUGGAUUCAACAAAUGAUUAUGCUGACCCAGAUGGGGAAAGCUGGACCGAUCAGGAAACCUUACUUCUACUUGAGGCGAUGGAGAUCUACAACGAGAAUUGGAAUGAAAUUGCUGAACAUGUUGGUACCAAAUCAAAAGCACAAUGCAUUCUUCACUUUCUCCGUCUACCAAUGGAGAAUGGCCUACUGGAAAAUAUUGAAGUUCCCAGCAUGUCAUCCAACUCAUUAAAUGGAGAUGAUCAUGGAAGAUCCCAUUCAAAUUAUAAUGGGGAUUCAGCAGGAUCCUGUCAUCAAGAUACUGACUCUGAAAGCAGACUUCCUUUUGCAAAUUCUGGGAAUCCAGUUAUGGCCCUGGUUGCCUUUUUGGCCUCUGCUGUUGGACCAAGAGUUGCUGCUGCAUGUGCCCAUGCAUCCUUGGCUGCAUUGUCCGAGGACGAUGGCUUAUCUGUUUCUGGAAGAAUUUCACCGGUGGAAGGAACUGGACAUGGUAAUAGGAUGAAUUCUGAGAGUACACAUAGCAGAGAAGGUGGUCGUCUUGGAGAAACUGCAAAUUCAUUCCAGCACAAAGACGAGAACUCAGGAGUACAUGGUUCAAGGAAUCAUAAUGAGGGGCAGGUUCCAUUAUCUUCAGAGAAAGUUAAAGUUGCUGCAAAAGCUGGCCUUGCUGCUGCAGCAACUAAAGCAAAACUUUUUGCAGAUCAUGAAGAAAGGGAAAUUCAGAGGCUAUCUGCGAAUAUUAUUAACCAUCAGUUGAAAAGAUUAGAGCUGAAGCUGAAGCAAUUUGCUGAAGUGGAAACAUUUUUGAUGAAAGAAUGUGAACAAGCGGAGAGGACAAGACAGAGAUAUGCUGCUGAGCGGAAUCGCAUGAUAUCAACUCGAUUUGGACCUGCUGGCAUUGUGUCAACCAGUUUACCUGGUCCGUCUAUGGUGAACAAUAACACCAACAAUAGGCAACAAAUAAUGUCAGCUUCACCUUCACAGCCGAGCAUUCCAGGAUAUGGCAACAACCAACCAGUCCAUCCCCACAUGCCAUUUAUGCCACGUCAGCAAAUGUUUGGGAUGGGGCCAAGGCUGCCCAUAGCAGCAAUACAGCAGCCCUCGUCUACCUCAAAUUUCAGUGGCUCUGGGAAUGCACAGCCUACUCUCAAUCAUCCAAUGCUACGACCAGUAUCUGGUACUAACUCUGGUUUGGGUUGAAAAAGGAUAACUUGAUGAGUUCCAAAUUUUAUGAUUCUAAUUCCUUUCAGUGAUUCAUUUCUGCAUUGUGAACGAAAAGGAGGGAUAAGAAUUAUAUAAAUUAGCCAUCAAAUUUUUAUCUGCCUCGACAUUUUCAGGGUUGUGAUCUACAUAGAAGUUAUGAGGGGCAGUUCAUGUAGGGCCUGUAAUUGUAAACAGUGAAGAAAAAUAGAAAUUAGAUUUUUCUCAAGUGAAUUGUACUAUGAAACUAGUGUUAAUUA